UAAGGAAAUGGAAAACGACAGACUCAACUCUGCAUUUUUAUUGGAUUUUUGGGUGAAGCGGAAAGGAGAGAGAAACAAUCAAAGUAAAAGCUUUUAGCCUCUCACUGUCCUCAACACUUGGGUUUUGUGUUUUCUUUGAGGAGAAAAAAGUAGAACAGUGGUGCGUAGGAUAAGCAGUGUAUGGACUCUUAAGGAGUGUAGUUUAAGAGCUUUUCUGGCUAUGGUAGAGUGAAUUUGAGCUAGAAAAACACACUGGAAGUGUAGUGUGUGUAGCCAUUUUAGCUGAUUUCUUGACUUGGGUCGUGCUUCUUUUCUUGAUUGGAGGUGAAAUAGCGUACCUACGUACAAUGGCAGCUGCUGUGCAGUUUAGCUCAUGUGGUCAGAGGAGAAGAAGAGCUUAUAUUGUAGUUUUGAUGUUGGUUUACUUGUGGGGUUCUCUGAUCUCGUUAUCUUGUGCUGCUAGGCUCUCUUCUGUCUCAAGGCAGAAGCUUCAGGUUGAGAGACACUUGAAAAGGCUCAAUAAACCUGCCAUCAAAAGCAUUGAGAGUGCAGAUGGGGAUAUUAUUGACUGUGUACACAUCUCUCAGCAACCAGCUUUUGACCACCCAUUCCUCAAAGAUCACAAAAUCCAGAUGCGACCUAGCUAUCAUCCAGAAGGGCUUUUUGAUGAGGACAAGAUGGCCACAAGGCCUAAAGAAAGAACAAAUUCCAUCACUCAAUUGUGGCAUAUGAGUGGAAGUUGCCCUGAGGACACUAUUCCUGUAAGAAGAACAAAGAAAGAUGAUGUUUUGAGGGCAAGUUCUAUCAAAAGGUAUGGCAAGAAGAAGCACAGAGCCAUCCCUAAGCCCAGGUCUACAGAUCCUGACCUUAUCAAUGAAAGUGGACAUCAGCAUGCAAUAGCUUAUGUUGAAGGAGACAAGUAUUAUGGAGCAAAGGCAACUAUUAAUGUGUGGGAACCCAAGGUACAGCAGCCAAAUGAGUUCAGCUUAUCUCAGCUUUGGAUUCUUGGUGGUUCUUUUGGUGAAGAUCUAAACAGCAUUGAAGCUGGUUGGCAGGUUAGCCCAGACCUCUAUGGUGACAAUAACACAAGACUGUUCACUUACUGGACUAGUGAUGCAUAUCAAGCAACAGGAUGCUACAACCUUCUCUGCUCAGGUUUCAUUCAAGUCAGCAGUGCAAUAGCUAUGGGAGCAAGCAUCUCCCCUGUUUCAGCCUAUAGAAACUCCCAGUAUGAUAUCAGUAUUCUUAUCUGGAAGGAUCCAAAAGAAGGACAUUGGUGGAUGCAAUUUGGAAAUGACUAUGUGUUGGGGUAUUGGCCAUCAUUUUUGUUCUCCUAUUUAGGAGAGAGUGCAUCAAUGAUAGAGUGGGGUGGGGAGGUGGUGAAUUCACAACCAGAUGGUAAACAUACAGCUACACAAAUGGGGAGUGGUAGGUUCCCAGAAGAAGGUUUUGGCAAGUCAAGUUAUUUCAGAAACAUUCAAGUUGUUGACAGUUCCAAUAAUCUUAAAUCUCCUAAAGAUCUUGGCACUUUCACUGAGCAAUCCAACUGCUAUGAUGUCCAAACAGGAAGUAAUGAAGAUUGGGGACAUCACUUUUACUUUGGAGGCCCUGGUAGAAACCCUAAUUGCCAAUGAUCCUAAAAAUGAAAAAAAAAAACAAGAUCCCAUUACUGAUAAUAGCCCCCUCACCCCUGUAAAAUUUAAUUUAGUCUAAUGCUUUCUCUCUUGUAUACCCUUUUGGUUUUUGAUUUUUUUAGGUUUGUGUCAGCAGUAAAUGUGAACUUUUUCAGCAGUGUGGGAAGUUUUGACCCUUUUGCUUUUUUUCACCUUGAAAGGUUCUCCCAUGCAAAUGAAUGGGGAAGUGUGGCCUAGUUUCUCAAAAAGCUAAGAAAGAAACAAAAGGCCUUUUGUCAUCUUCUUUGUAUUUUAUAUGCUCCACUCUUAGGAGUACUUUCACUCAAUGGAUAAUGAAAUGUAUCCUUCUGGUUUGA